AGCAGUCGUCUGAAGAGACACUGAGUUUCCUCCACGGCCACAUGAAGGCAGUGGGAUCACGAGUGACGUGAUUGGUGGGACGGCGGUCAGAGGGGCGGGGCUAGUGCUGUUCUGGAAAUCACGGAGCGCAUCUGUAUCGUCGAGACGGCUCUGUGAUCAGUGGGCCCGGGCUGCAAUGUGUCGGACAAAUUCAGCGAUCUAUCCUCAAGCUGCUCCGCUUGUCUGUCCGGUGCUCGAUCAGACUAUUUAAAGACGUCACUAGUCUACAUCCUGUAUAUAACCCAAUCAAAAGGAAACACACAAGAGUCAAAAGGUUUCCUGGCUCAGCUGAGAGCAUGGCACAGGUGGAGGAGUCUCAAAUCGAAGGAGAGGGCAGCCCCCAGAUGAUCUCCUUAAGGUCAGAUGCAUCGGGGAACCAUGUGGAUGAUGGAGAAGGGGGACCCUCUAUAAGGAGGAAGAAGAGGAAGAAGAAAGACCAGCGUCCGGAGUCCAUUAUUGUCUACCGCUCUGACGUGGAGCGGGCGCCAGGAGAGGACCAAGGCAGUGAGGAGGGAGCAGAGCGGAGCACUGAGGAGGGAGCUAAGUUCCUCUGCACUCCUACAGGCGAAGGUGGAGGCUGGAGCCUUCCUCCCGACAGCCGUUACGUGACCCUGACAGGCACCAUCACUCGGGGCAAGAAGAAAGGUCAGGUGGUGGACAUACAUGUCACUUUGACAGAGAAGGAACUCCGGGAUCUGGCCAAGUCGAAGGAGCGUCUCAAUGCGGAGUGUGAGGCGGGGGAGGGCUCCAAAUGCAACUGCGGCUUAAGUUGGUGUCAGGGACCCCAUGUUGUGCUGUGGAGCAUCUCUUGCGCCCCUGUGGUUUUCCUCCUCUCCUUCAUCACCUCCUUCUACUACGGCACUCUCACGUGGUACAGUGUCUUCCUGGUGUACAAUGAGGAGCGGACGUUCUGGCACAAGAUUACAAUAUGCCCCUUCCUCAUCAUCUUCUACCCCAUGCUCAUCAUGCCCAUGGCGCUGUCUCUGGCACUGUACUCGGCUGUGGUGCAGGUGUCCUGGGCCUUCAGUGAAUGGUGGCAGGUGGUGCGAGACCUGGAGAAAGGCUUCUGCGGCUGGGCAUGUGGGAAGCUGGGACUGGAGGACUGUUCACCCUACAGUAUAGUAGAGCUGCUCGACUCCGACACAGUCUCUGGCACUCUGCAGAGCAAGGACCCCAGUGAACACGCCCAGACGUCAUCAGUGUGAUUCUGAGGUGAAAGGCACAUGUAGAGGAUUGCCUCAAAGUUUGCAAGUGCUCGUACUAAUUUGAUUGAAAUUCAACACACUGAGUUUGUCUAUAAACAAGUGACAGAAGGUUCAAGUUAUUUACAGAAAUUUAAGCUUGAAGGCUUAUUUCUUACAAUGGAAGAAGUUCAAUAAAAACGCUAUCUCAAGAUCUACUUACUUGACCUAUUGAGAUUUUGCUGGACGAAAAAAAAAUCCUUGAAAAUUUUGAUAAGAAUUUCUUGUCAAAAUAACAAGAAGGUAUUUUUAGCUACUCCACUGUGCUUUACUGUACACAAUUAUUUAUUAAACACUGCCUGAACGCCUGAAGGGACUGAUCUAUUAUUACAAAAUUCUAAAGAGUUGAACUCUGAGCAUGGUAAUUUAUAAAAUAAAAAUGAUAUAUAUAAUUAUAUAAUAGCACCGCGACUCAAAAUAAGCUUUUAUACAGACCUUGAUUCCUACAGUUUUCAUAAACUGGCUGUGGAAAUAAACGCAUUACUGGAAACCUGGAAACCUGCAAGUUAAAUCAACUUUCACUUCGUCUGUAAAUAUCUGUAAUUUAAUCUAUGUUAUCACUGCUGUGCUCCCGACAUCAAAAACACCUUCAAUGCAUCAUUUCAUAUGCUCAUGAUCAAUCCACAAGGUUAUAGCUGGAACAUCAAGGCUGAAAUACCAACUAGGAAGUCAAAUGUACGUCAUUUACUAAAUUUGCCAAAUGACUAAUUUGAUUGGGAAUAUGCACCACUGAGCACUACUAGACUACUAGAAACUAUAUGUGCCCAAAGAUGUUGUGAAGGGACUAUUGUGUCAGCAUCUAGGGGGCAAGGCUGGCAUUACUUUAUUUAUUUUUUGAUGUCAACAAAAUAUGUAGAGGUUCAUUUCUGUCCCUCAACAGCUGGGCACUAUCUUUUUGUGUGUGUGUGUGCGUGUGUGCAUGCGUGCGUGCGUGCGUGCAACAGUGUGGCUAAAGUUGUGUUAUUGUAAUAUUUUCUCAAGAACAAUGAAAGUCUGUCACAGAGGAAUAAGUGUUAUCAGUCUUUCAUUGCAUUUGUUGACAAUGAGAAAAACUAUAGAAUAUUUCCUGCCCUUUUAAAAAAACAACAUGUAAUAUUCUUUAUUAUAUUAUGCAAACGACUUUGUGUUUCAUCAAACUGAAACACAUCACACUUUUUAUUCUAGCAUGUGAGAACUUGUUGGUUUGUCGGCCUCUAGGCUAAUCAUAAUUAAGCCUGCCAUGUGUAGUGUGCUAUAUGAUCUGUACUUGAUAAAUUCUUGGAGUUGAGAACUAUUAUUGUAUAGGGAGUAUAGUACUGGGAGGAAUGGAGGAAGCCCUCGUCAUCACAAGCUGAGAAAGCAUUUCUUUGGUGUAUUUAUGUUUUUUUCAGUGUCAUGUUUUCGUGUGUUUACGACACCAUCAAAAAAGAUGUUUUAAAUCUUAAACUAUUGAGUUGUUGUCACAAUUUUGGUUCACAAAUGAGUAAAAUGAAGUUUUCUGUCAUUUUCUACCUGAGAAUUCCUUAUACAUUUCAAUACAGUCAUAUUUUAAAUGUGGCCGUAAAUUAUUUUGAAUAUUUAAGUCUUGUACACUCUCUGAAAUUCUCGUAGGCAGUAAUUAGAUAUUCUUUCUCCUAUGCACUUUGAAAUAAAUGCAUUGCAAACAGCUAAUACUAACUCAUUGAAACACACAGCAGAUGGCGUUGAAUAAAUCAGAUGGGUUAAAUAUUUGUUGAUUCAAAUGUUUAUGAUUACACCUGGUUGGAUAAAGACAUUUUGAUUUUACUUUCUCACAGGUUAAAAACAUGAAUCAGCUGUUGUGGAUUGAUUCUGUUUUCCGCAUUAUAUGUUAUGAAUCCACAUGAUGCAAAGUAAAGAAUUACACAAAUGAAAUAAACUGUUGUAUCACUA